UGAUUACUUACUUCCCAAGAGCUCUCUCCCCAUUCAUAAAGCCCACUUCGUUGUUCUGUUUACCGUCUACUGGUUAGAUAGUUAACAGAAUGAGUGGCCCCGGUGAAGAGCGAUGGCGCGGAGGUCGCCCAUACGACCAGAACCGCCACUCGGCGCAAAGACACUCCAACGCCCGCACCAUGAGCGCGCAUGGUGGGUCUCGGGGAGGACAGAAUAAUUGGGGAGAUUCGCGUGACCAGUUCGCUUCCGGGCCGCAGCAGGAGCAGCAUGUCCCCGUGCGAGGCUUCAAUGCCGCGGAGGCGAAGGGAGCUCUGAGAAAGGGACCGGGAGAACCGAGACCUUACUACUACAAACCACAAGGAAAGGACGUGAACAACCGCGCGAGCGGACCCUGGGGCGCAAAGCCCAACCAAAUGGCAAACGGCAAGGAUUUCUUCCUCGAGCUUCGGAAGCAAGUGACGACGCUGCAGCAGGGUGGCACUGUUGCAGGUGGUUGAUGGAUAUUGAAGGUUGAAAUAACUGUACAAAGUCGACCGAUGCUGGAAACUUCAGGCGGAGGGUCGGCAGAUCUGAAGAGCCCGAAAUGCUUGUCGCUGCUGGUGGGGUGUGGAGAUGAGCUUUCACCGUGGGUGAUAGGCUGAUAAGCUGUCACCUCUAGAAACGGGGAUUGGAAUAACGGUCUCGUCACAGACAUACUGGUGCUGUCUUGAGCAGAUCGGAUUUGCAUUAUGUGUGUCUUAUGUUAAGGUAGCGCCUUUCGCAUGGCUUGCGAAUUAC